UUUAUAAUUCCCAGGAAAAUUGUGCGAUUCGUAGUUCUGCGCAAUGUUGAUAUGCUAAAAAAAUAUCGUUUCGUCGCUUCCAGAAAGUGAUGCGCGCGCCUUUAGUGUUCCAUGUUUCUAAACAUGGCAGGUCGAAGUGGAUACGAUGAUGUUAAUCCCAGGGAUUAUGGUGGCGGCAGAAGAACUCUCGGUGGCCGCCCUCUUCCCACCGAGCCUCCAUACAAGGCUUACGUCGGGAAUUUGCCCUCUGGAAUCAUUCAAGGCGACAUUAAUAGGAUUUUUCCUGACCUAGCUAUCAAAAAUGUGAGGUUGGUGAUGGAUAAAGAGACAGAUAAGUUUAAAGGAUUCUGCUAUGUGGAGUUUGAAUAUCUCGAGGACUUGAUAAAAGCUAUUGAAAUGAACGGCGCUCUUAAUGUAGAUGGUAACUUUAUAAAAAUUGAUGUGGCUGAAGAAAAAAGAAGUGACCGGGGAGGUUUUGACCGCGGGCGACGAGACGGCGGCGGUGGUCGGGACGGUGGACGUGACGGCGGACGGGUCGGCGGCGGCGGCUUCAGAAGGGACGGCGGCGGCGGCGGCGGUGGCGGCCGCGGUACGUACGACCACUUCGACGGGCUCGACCGCCGCGCGCCCCGUCACCAGGGUGGAGGGCUCACACAUGAGCGCGAGCGAGGCGGCGGCGGCGGCGGCGAGCGCUGGGCGGAGGGCGGGCGCGGCUCGCGCGGCAACAGCGAGGAGCCGCGGCCCGCCGACUGGGGCCGCAUGGGCCGCGCCGCGCCGCCCGCGCCGCGCCAGCCGCCCGCGCGCAGGAACUUCGACGACAUGCCGCCUUCGCGCCCAGGGAGCUCGGACACGUCAGGCAGGCCCAAGCUGAAGCUGGAGCCGCGGACGGUAAAAGAGCCGGUGAACUCUCUGGCGUCGACCAGUCAGGCGCACUCGAUAUUCGGUGGCGCGCGGCCGAGGGAAGAACGACUCAAGGAACUGGCGGGCGAAUAAAUGCUCUAGCGCCUCCCUAUAAUACCGCGUACUCUCAUCUCCCGGUCCCGUGUGUAUAUGUAUCGUCCCGAAGCCCGAUCCUUAUGUGUGCCCCGAUAUUACAAGCAGUCUCUUGUCUCCCAUUCAAUGCAGUGCGAUUAAAUUGUAAAUGAACUGCAAACAUUUUGUUAGGUUAUAUGAGGUUGUAAAUCAUUUUUAUCGUAUAUUUUGUUAGCUUUAUUAUGUGUAUCGAAAGAUAGCUUCUUAUUGUUUUUGCGCCGGCCCCGGCUCGUUUUCGAGACCGGGGUCUGCGCGUCGCUUGAUUAAUCUGCAGUAUUUAAAUUGCUAGUAUGUAUAACAAUAACAUGAUUGUCUCAUUUUAAGAUUUAUCCGGGCUUGUGUGUACAUACGAUAUCGGCUCGCAUAAUAUUAAUUAAUUUUUCGAAAUUAGAGUUGGAAGAAAAAUAUUUUUUGUUCCUCAUUUUUGGGUUAUAUGUGUAUUGAAAUAUUGUAAUAAUUAUUUUAUUUUUACUAUAGCAUUGUGUCGAUAGAGGUUCGUAACCGAUUCUCUGUUGUAUUUGUUUUUUUUUUCAUUAUUAAUUGUUUAGUUUGUUAGGUCAUGAAAAUUAAUCAUUGAACGAGUAAUUAUGAUCAUAAUUUAAGAGUUGAGAUAAUAUGGUGAUGUAAUUACGGUGUCAUUAAUAAAAUUAACUUCCACGUACUUGAAUUUCUACUUUAUUACAUAAUUGUGUAAUGGCAAGUAACGUGGCCAAGAAAUGAAAAAAAAUCGCAAAAUUGUAACAGAACAUAGAAAAACGAAUAAAAAGUGAAUUCUUUGUAA